ACCAUUGCUACUCAUAUUUCUGAUACGUUAAAAAGAGAAGUCAUUUAACGAAAAAGACAGGAUUACUUUAUGAUUUCAAAUAGUAACAAUAAUAACAAUAAUAAUACAGUUGGCACAAAAAUAUUAUUCAUUGAAACAUCUUCUUAAUAAUAUUAAUAAUAAUAAGGAGGAGUUACAUUACUUUGGAAAGUAUUAUUGGUGCUGAUUAACUACUAACUUCUGCGACAAUAAUUCGAUAUAAUGCUGAGAAAUACAGAAUUCAAUUCGGGGGGUCAAAACGGUAAUGAAAAUAACACCGUUAAGUUGUUCGACUUUGGUUUACCACCCAGUGCAAGGAAAGCUUAUGGAAAUCUUGCCGAACAAUCAGACAGAAAAGCUUACAGUAACAUCAAUCUAAGUGAUACAAUAACAGAUACAGAAGAGGACAUCUCAUUACGAGGACGCCCGAACUCAUUUUAUGAGUACCCUGUGCCAAAACAAAAUACUAAAAUAACUCGAGCUGGUUCAUUCAAUUGCAUAGAUUCCGUUAGUUAUGAAAAUGAUUCAGGAGACUGGGCGCCUAAUAAUUAUCGUCAUUUUCCACGAUUCAAACCUACAGAUAAAGGACCGGAAAGUGAUGAACAAAUUACUGAAAUGUCAUCACCUAUAAACAGAACUAUUAGUCCAGUGGCUGUUGCUUCAUCUACUCCAAAAACCAAUCAGAAAAAAAUACCAAUUACUAUGAAUUUAACUAAUUCAUCUGUGGCUACAGGUCAUUCAUAUGAAGUGUCUGUAGAAAAUCACAAUAACAGCAGUAUUACACAAAACGGUCCAUAUUCACCGAGAACAGUGACACCUACUGCGGAUACAAGUGCGAUUAUGGAUUCGCCUAGUAUGGACAGAAGUGAUAUACAUUCUUAUAACAACGUAAGGACAAUUCAAACAACACCAAAGAAUGACAAAUCUUACGGUCAACCAAGAUCGAAUCAGGUAAAUGCAGAAAGAUAUCUAAAGUCGUCAAAUAUUGUUAUUGUACAUGCAGAAGAUGAUAUAAGCGACCAAAGUAACAUUUAUCCACAGUUUGCUCAAACUCUAAUGAAUUCCUACAAAGGUCGCAGUAUGGAAGAUUCACCACUGAUGAACAACAAACCUAAAGUAAAAUUAAUUUAUGCUAAGCCACCGAAACUUAGAAGAGAUUUAAUGGGGAAUGAACCACGCCAAGAAGUUGUACCAGUGACAAAAAUGAACACUGCACCAGCAUAUCAAUCCGUACCAAAAGACAGUAACUGUUUUAUUUCGAAAAAAGUUGACCUCAGCGAUACACCUGAACAAAAAUACACAACUGUUUCUAAUCAAUUCGGUACACUAAAUGACUCAUUGGAUCGUGUUAUACUUCGUUUGUUCGACUCAGCUGUUGUACCAGGCGGUGCAUUACGUGGUGUUGUUUACAUAACUACAAAGAAUCCACUUCAAUUGCACACAUUAGCAGUUACCGCGGAAAUGAUAACUAAGACUGUAUCUGCAGAUGAAAAACAAGAUAUGGAGAAACGUAUACCGAUAUCAUAUACUGUACUUUCUGAUGAUAAAACAGUUGGUAGAAGGAGACCUUUGCGUAAAUUCACUUAUCAACAACCUGAAUUUAUGCAAUCACCAAUUAAAGAGGCGAAUUUCAGUGAUCCAUGCUUUUCACCGUAUAUAGGACCAGUUAUGCUUGAACCAGGUGAUCAUGCUAUCCCGUUUGCAUUCCCACUUGAUAGUGAUGCACAUCCAUCAAUACUACUGAGAGGUAAAGUUGGUAUGUCAGGUGAAGCAGAAAUUGUACACAGGUACUUUAUUUACGCAACUAUGAGGCUGAACCGUGCAAAUGAAGACAAUCCACUGACAAUUAGUUCUAACGGUUUAAAUUUCAAAGUGCUUAGCUGUGGUCCUCUUGAUCAUCAAUUGCCUAAUGGUGAGCGCGUGCCAGCAAUUAUGCAAACAUUUACUAUGGAAAAUAGACAAAUGUUGAUACAAUUUGACAGUGUAAUUCUACAGGAUUCAGAUGAUAUUAACAUUUACAUAUUUACAGAUGAUCCAACUGGUCUACGUUAUGCUGAAGCCUAUUUACUUCGUAUCUUUCAUAUACCUGGAUUGAAAGUUUCUGAUACAAAAGCUUUAUAUAAAUUGAAGAAAUAUCCUCCGAAUGUUUUUAUAGAUGCACAUUCUGAAAAAGUUGCUUUCACUGAACGCCUACCUUUACCGUUUUCUGAAGCAGCUGAAGUUGAAAGUGCAAGAUUACUCGCUGAUUCACAGCACUUACCAAGUCAAUAUCGAGAUUUUCGUUUAUCUUGUGAAUCAUUGAAUUCAGCAGAACAGUCUCAGAGAACGCUACAACAGAGUACAUACAAAGAAUUACCAAGAGCUGCACGUAGAGCUGGUUGCCAUAUCAAUAUGAGCAUACCUCUUAAUUCAGUUCCACAAAGCUCUUUAGAAGCACUUAAGAUCACCUAUUACGUCAGAGUUCUUAUUCAUGGGAAACGUAAAGUAAUGGCUUACAGUCUGCCAAUAUCUGUAGUGGAACAACGUGCAAAAGACUACAAAAUGCGUUAUUUAGGCGAUGGAAAUCACUUGUUCGACCCAGAAUACUUGAAAUUAAAACGUGAUAGUCGAUGUUCUGUUUCAUAGACUCUAUGGCCAAUGAAGUAAGUAUUCAUCAAAAUCAAAUAUCAACGCUGAAUGCUCAACAACUAUUAUGAUGUAAUACUUGGGAUAAUAGUAAAUUUUCGUAGCCACAUUUCGAUACUGGGUUAACAGUGUUUUAUAUUCUACAUUUAUGGAUUUUCGGUGUAUGUCGGUAGGUGUGUGCGUGUGAAGGAAUUGUCUGUCUCUCUCUAUCAUUCUUUCCUUCGUCCAUAGUGUUGGUAAUUUAAUUAAUACAUAUCUCUAUGACUGAUUUGAUUGAAAGAGAGCUUUCAUCAAACUAUUUAAUCAUUUAUUUAGAUACUUUUUUUCUUCCCUACUUCUGCUAAAUAUCAUUAAAUUCUUAAAUUCCUUAAUUGCCUCAAAAUGCUGAGUUCGUAUUAGUUUUAUUGAAAAUAAACUUAAUUAAAAUUAAACAUAUGAGCAAAUAAACUUCUGUUUUUUCAGUAGUUACCUUUAUCCUCUCUAUCAGUUAUAUUUAUCUAACUAACUAACUAACCAACCAACUAACCAACUAACUAACAUGUUCUAUUACUUUUGUUUUGUUUUUUUUGGUUAUAAACCGAAUUAAAUCUACAAAAUUAAAAUUAGCUUGUCAAUAAACCUCUAUUCCGCUUUUUAUUAUUUCUAGCUAGUAAUCUCAUAUUGAAGACAUGCUGAACAAUGAACUAAAGUUAAUAAUUUCGUGAUGUUGAUAACAGC